AUCUCCGAUUUUCAACCCAUGCUUGAUUAUAGUCUCUUAUAAAUCACACCGCACAAGUUGUGAAUAGCAAUGAAGACAACGAGAAGGAAAAAUACAUAUUCUGCAAAUUGAGUGUGAACUAGUGAGUUAAGAAAAAAAUCCAGAGAAUUUGUGUGUGUGUGGUGAAAAGAAAAUUUUAUUUGUGAAGUUGUAAAACAAAAGCUUGAGCUGUCCUGCUUGCACAUUUUUAGCAGAAGGGGAAGCACGAAGCCUGUUCUCAGUUCUCACAAUAUAUACCUGCGAAGUCUUUUCGGCCAAGAUUACAGAUGAACAGCAAAGAUAAACUUGAUGUUAAAGACAUAGCAAAGUCUUUAAACGAUGAUUUGGCAAUCUUGCAACCUUUAUCUGAUGAGUGUUGUAUCUAUCGAGCUCCAGAGAGAGUACGGAAAUUAUAUGAGGAGUCGUAUACACCUCAAUUAGAAUCUAUAGGCCCUCUUCAUCAUGGCAAGGAAAAGCUGAAAGCAAUGGAGGAGCAUAAAAGGAGGUAUCUGCUUGAUUUUCUUCAAUGGAGCGAUUCAAGCUUGGUGAAUCUUAUUACAUAUAUAAAGCAAAAUGAAAGAAGACUGCGUAAUUGCUAUGCAGAAACCAUUGAAUACGGGAGUGAGAAAUUUGUGAAAAUGAUGUCGCUAGAUGCCACAUUCAUCAUCAUGCUCUUAUUGAAAAACCAUUGCCCACAAUUGCGAAGCAACAAUAUUGAUCGUAUAUUUUACAAACCCAAAAUGAUUUCUUAUCUAUGGUAUGACAUAAUUUUGCUUGAAAAUCAGGUUCCAUUCUUCAUUCUUGAGGAAUUGUUUAAGUUCUCUAAUAAAGCUGAACUUGUUGAGGGGCUCUCCAUGAUUAAGCUCACACGUAGUUUCUUUGAAGGUUGUAUGGGUUACUGGGUGACAAAUGACGAGGAAAAAGAUUUCUCUCAAGUAAAACACUUUAUUGACUUUCUUAGAAUUUGUCAGCUUCCACAAAAGAAGAAGCAGGAAGGGAGUAUAAAUAAAUUAGUGAUGCCAACAGCGACAGAACUUCACCACGCUGGGGUCAAGUUUGAGAUGCAUCCAAGUCGAAACAAACUGGACAUAGAAUUUGAUAAAGGGAUUCUGAAAAUUCCACAUAUUACAAUGAGUCAUGAAGUAGAACUUUUGUUGAGAAAUGUCCUGACCUUUGAGUGUUGCCAUUUUGAUAACCUGUAUUUUAAUGACUACAUUCUCUUGGUUUCAAAGCUUUUGAUAUCUGGCAAUGAUGUGGAAAUACUAGAUCGAGGUGGGAUUAUAGACAAUCGCCAGGAGAACAACGAAGCAGUGGCAUCUUUUUUACGCAACACUAUAUGUUAUGUCAACCCUAAUAUGUUCUACUUUUCUGAUGUUGUUGAAGAUCUCAAUUCUUAUGAGAAAAGCAUAUGGCACAGGUGGAACGCCAAAUUGAGACAAAAUUAUUUCAACACUCCAUGGACUGGAAUUUCUGUUGUUGCAGCUGGUAUUCUCCUCAUACUCACAAUAAUACAAACAGCGUGUUCAAUCCUUCAAAUAAUCUAGGCUUAAGGCUUUAAUUAGCUAUCAUUUCAAUUGCUCUGAGUGAAUUUUUUGGUUUGCUGAUUUUGUACGGUGUAUAUCAAUGUUUGUUUAUAAUAUCGUGGUGUCUUGUUCUUUCUAGAUAUGAAUCAUGUAUCAAUUACA